CUAGUGUGUUCUUCAUGUGGAUGUAGCUCGUGAUAUACUUCCCACCCUGCUUGCAAGUAUAAGACGGCAUCCAAACCACACCCCCGCCUCCUCAAAAGGCAAAUCUGCAUUGUUAAUAACAGAAAGGAUUGCUGCUGAUUCCCUUCCCCAACAUCAUUGUAUCCCUCGCUGUACUUCGACAACGGGCUUUCAGCAUGAAGGGCGGAUUGAACCUUCUCUCUUUGGGCGCUUGCAUCAUUGCCCUCGCCCAGGCGCAACAUGGCGAAGACUAUUCCAAAACGAUGGGACCGGUUGCAUUUAUGUGGCCACCUGACCGCGUAUGGGGAGCUGCUCAAGACAAUACUGCACCCUGUGGUUCAGUGGCGGGGGUGACCAACAGGACCCAGUUUCCACUACUCAAUGGCCAGGUUGCUCUUGUAGCACAGGAUGAAUCCUGGUCGGUCCAAGUCGCCAUAUCCUACAGCAACAAUCCCACCUCCAACGACGAUUUCCAAACGAUCAUCGCUCCAAUGAGGAUACCAGAAUUGGAUGAAGGACACCAGUGCUUCCCCAUUGUGAACCCACCCGCCGACGUCGAGACCGGGUCAAAUGCCACGCUGCAGAUCAAAUACGUUUCCGACUUCGACACUGAUAAGAAUGAGACAUUUUACGCCUGUUCAGACAUAACUUACAUCCCAACCAGCCAAUUCACCUACCAGGUGCCGUGCUUCAACGCCACAAUCGAGGACUUCAACAUCACCGAGCCGAGCUCCAGCGCCUCAGGCACAGCCGCGGGAGCGAGCGCCACGGCACCGGCCCCUUCGCAGAGCUCGAGAUCAUCCUCGCCAGGUCUCUCGGGAGGCGCCAUUGCAGGCAUUGUGGUUGGCGUUGUUGCAGGGGUAGGCUCCAUUGCUGGCAUCCUCUUGUUCUUCUUCUGGCGUCGUUCUGCACGGAACAAGCGUCUGCGUGAACACGAAGCGUCCGUGAGAGCGGUGAAAUGGGACGAACAACUAGCAGGUUCGCCUCCAACGUCACGAGCCUCGACCCAGGAUAUUGCGCUCUCAAACAUGCCAGGCAAUAGGGCUUAAGAUGGACUUCGGAUUGUGGGCUGGAUUCGAGAAAAGGGCGAUGCCUACCAUGGUGACGGUGGGGUCAAUGGAGGAAGAAGGGCCUCGAUUGAUAGGAAAGACAUGACACCCGGAAGGGGAUUAUCUUCCCUUUGAGAGCCGGCACACGAGGUAGCUAUGCAGCACUGAUAUGUAGCAUCCAUAAGCUCCAAGAAUAACGCACUUACGACUACAUGUUUUUUGUAACCACAACAUAUCUUGUCGGAUUUCAGAGUAGACAGUG